AGCACAUCUCUUUUUAACCUGAGCUCCACUGUCUGGACUCCAUCAUAAACAAAGAACCAACAUGUUUUGGAAAUUUGACCUCCAUACCACGUCCCACAUUGACACACUUCUAGAAAAAGAAGAUGUGACUCUCACAGAGGUCAUGGAUGAGGACGAUGUCUUGCAGGAGUGCAAGGCUCAGAACCACAAGCUGGUUGACUUUCUGCUGAGACCACAGUGCAUGGAGGACCUGGUCACCUUCAUCACACAGGAGCCCAAUGCUGAUGUUGAGGAGAAGGUUAAAUACAAGUAUCCCAACAUAUCGUGCGAGCUGCUAACGUCGGAUGUGAGCCAGAUUAACGACAGACUGGGAGAAGAUGAGAAUUUGCUAAUGAAACUCUACGGUUUCCUCAAGAACGGUCCACCUCUCAAUCCCCUCCUAGCCAGCUUUUUCUCCAAAGUCCUGUCAAUUCUUAUAGGACGCAAGCCUGAACAGAUAGUGAAUUUUCUGAGGAAGAGGGAGGACUUUGUAGAUUUGAUGAUCAAACACAUUGGGACGUCUGCCAUCAUGGACCUGCUGCUUAGAAUGCUCACCUGCAUCGAACCACAGCAGCUGCGCCAGGAUGUUUUAAAUUGGCUGAAUGAGGAGAAGGUGAUUCAGAGACUAGUAGAUAUGGUACAGCCUUCUCAAGACGAAGAUAAGCACUCAAAUGCCUCUCAGUCCCUAUGUGAGAUCAUCAGACUGAGCAGAGACCAGAUGUUUCAGGUCCAAGGCUACUCAGAGCCGGACCCUCUGCUGUCCACACUUGAGAAGCAGGAGACGGUGGAGCAGCUGCUCGCUAAUAUUUUUGAAAAGGACAAGAAUGAGUCAGCAAUCGUCAGCGUGAUCCAGAUUCUGCUCACCUUGUUUGAAACAAGAAGACCAGCGUUUGAGGGUCACAUGGACGGUCCUCCUGGGAUGUCCCACUCUUCGUUCUCCGUUAACCACAGCAUCCUGGAGGCUGUGAGACCCCGUCUCAAAGACUUUCACCAGCUGCUACUUGAACCCCCAAAAAAGAUUGUAAUGAAAACAACCUGGGGGGUGCUGGACCCACCAGUGGGCAACACUAGGCUGAACGUUGUCAGGCUGGUCGCGAGUCUGUUGCAGUGCAACACUCACAGUAUCAACACAGAACUCAUCAACCUCAACACACUGGGAGUUAUACUAGAUAUGUAUUUCAAAUACAUCUGGAACAACUUCCUUCAUAUUCAGGUGGAAAUCUGCACCGCCAUGAUCCUAGCCAUGCCUCCUGCUCCCGUAGAAAGCCAACCAGAAGAAGAUCAAGGUCAAGUGAGAGAGAGCGCUCUCAUCAAACAUCUCUUUCAGAAGUGCCAGUUAAUCCAAAGAAUCGUAGAUGCCUGGGGUUCAAAUGAAAAAGAACAGGGAGAAGGUGGUCGGAGACGAGGCUACAUGGGACACCUUACCAGAAUAGCCAAUUCUAUAGUCCAUAACAGUGAGAAGGGUCCAAAUGGACCUCAGAUACAGCAGCACAUCUCUGAACUCCCCACAGAGGACAGAGAGAACUGGGAGGCAUUUAUUUCUGGGCAGCUCGCUGACACAAACAAAAGAAACACCGUCGACCUGGUGAACACACAUCACAUCCAUUCUUCCAGCGAUGAUGAGGUGGACUUCAAAGAUGGCGGCUUUCACCAAGACUCCUCACUUCAACAGGCCUUUUCUGAUUAUCAGAUGCAACAAAUGACGUCCAAUUUUAUUGAGCAGUUCGGCUUCAAUGAUGAAGAGUUUGCUGAUCAGGAUGAUGUCGUGGACAUUCCCUUUGAUAGAAUAUCAGACAUCAAUUUUUCACUGAAUACAAAUGAAAGUGCAAAUAUAGCUUUGUUUGAGGCACGCUGUAAGGAGAAAAUCCAGCAGUUUGAAGAUCCGGGCUCAGAUGAAGAGGACAUUUGGGAUGAAAAAGAUGUGACCUUCACUCCAGAGACGCAGAGACGUCCAAGGAGCUCAGGCAGCACAGACAGUGAGGACAGCACGGACUCUGAGGAGGAGGAGGGAAAGAGAGACCCAUUCGAAGCCUCUAACCCUGGUACUGAUGACAGAAUGGAAGUAGACACAGGGCCAGUGUGGACAGCCAACUUUGAUGAUGUCCCAAUGGACACAAGUACCUCCACAGCUCCAGCCUCCAGCCUCAACAACCCCGACGUGUCCUCAUCCUCAGAGGUUGUCCCUGAGGCAACGUGGAACUCACCUCUGGCUGCAGCAUCCAGCACAGAACCGGGCUGGGCCAAUUUCUCCAGCUUCUCUCCUGUCAGUCCCAAAGACCCUCUGAGGUGUAACUCUCCUGUUGCAAUGGAAACCAACAUAGAGACUGCAGACCCUCUGGGGGUCAACGCGCCGAUACGUCCCGAGGAAAGUGACGAUUGGUUGGGCUCCUGUGUGGUCUCCUCCUCUUCCUCACCUCCACCCAAGGAUUGUGGGAAAUCCAAGACAGAAGAAGAGCAGCGGAGCAUCACGGAGACCGUCAUCAACGGCUCCAUCAAAGAGACCGUCAGCCUCACCGUGGAUGCGAAGACCGAGACGGCCGUUUUCAAGAGAGUGUUGAAAUCUUAUCGUGAUGAAGAGAAGCUCAGCUCUUCAGACAAAUACUUGGUGGUGGAGAACGUGGAGUCAGGCAUCAGCAGCUCUGCUACAGCCUGCUGUCCCAAAGCAGGUGAGAGCUGCCGGGCCGUGGUGGAUCUUCCUAAUGGUCCUCUAAAUGAAGUGUCCAGCAUAGAGGAGGCUGCGUUGGACCACACUUCCGUCGCCUCAGACCAAGCAGUCAACGGGCCGGCGUGAAGCCCACUCGUGGCGUCGGCCAGGUUCUGUCAUGCAGCGUCUCUCCAGCAGAGGCCCAGUCCCAAUCACACACCCCCACACCCCCACCAGGACCAGCAAUACUUCUAUUGGCUCAUCACUGGCAGACAGAGCGACCCACCAGGUGUACAGAGAGAACUGCAGAAACACGAGAGACGGACUCAGACUCAAAGAUUCUUUUUUUUUUCUUUCUUUCUUUUUCCAUUUGUUUAUAUACUGUUGUUUCUAAGAGGUGAUGUGUGACGGAUGUCUUGACACUCAAAAUUAAAUAGUAAUGUUGCUAUAGAUAAAGACAUGAUUGUACGAAUAAAAUAUUUUAUGGAAAGAACAUUUA